UCUCGGAUGGCAGUUUCGAUCGGUCGGUCGGCUGAAUCGGUCGCAGAAAUUAUUCGAUCUGUUAGGAGAUGUUAGGAGUUUUAAGUUCGGCGUUACUUCUGUUGGUCGGGGCCUGCUCGGCAGCGGAAGUAUUCAAGAAUGCCCAGUUUCAGUGUGGGAUCCCGAAGAAUGCCAACACGUUGCUGAUCGUGAACGGAGUGGACGCCAAGAUCAGCGACUGGCCGUGGCAUGCCGCGGUUCGGCAACAUGUGGCGGCCAAUGGUCAACCGGAGUACGUUUGCGGAGGAACGUUGAUCAGCGAGAGGUUUGUGGUGACGGCUGCCCACUGUACCAUGGAUCCGGACAAUCCGAACAAGCGGAUACAGUUGUCGGUUCAGGUUGGGGUGAAUGCAGUGGGGUCACCCGAGGGAAAGGUUUUCAACGCGCUAAAGAUCCACCGACAUCCCGGGUUUUCGUUGUUCGAUUUGAAAGACGACAUUGCGUUGAUCGAACUGGAAAGUCCGGUUCAGUUCAGUGAGUCGAUUCUUCCGGUUUGCAUCAGCGAGAGAACAAGUUUGGACCCGGGUAAACUUGGAGCCGUGGUCGGGUGGGGAUUUACGGAGAAUGACAUUAAGUCGACGAAGUUGAAGUUGGCGAAACUUCCGGUGAUCGAGGAGAUCGAAUGCAAGCGCAAGGAACCGGAACUUUACGGUCGGGUGUUGACGAGCAAGGUGUUCUGUGCGGGGUACACGAACGGAACCUCGGCCUGUAAUGGGGAUAGCGGUGGCGGGAUUGUGUUUGAACGAGGUGAUGCGUGGUAUUUGGGAGGAAUUGUUUCGUUCACGAAAGCUAAGGAAGGUGAGGAUCGAUGCCUUUCGACGACCUACACCGUGUUUACGAAGGUGACAUCAUACUUGAGCUGGAUCGAGAGUGUUACCAACACCGAUUUCAGCAACGAAUACGGUAUUGAAAAAACGGUCCCUUGUUCAGCACCCGGGCAAUCGAACGGACACUGCGUCCCAGUUCAGCAGUGCCGGAACCUCUUCGAUGAACUCAGAUCUCCACUGUUGACGAAGCAAACUGCAAACGAACUCCGACAGAAGGUAUGCGAACUUCGGGGCGUUCGCCGUAGUGUCUGCUGUGAUCCAAGCGAAGUGGAACGGAUCCCAAUUCACCGGAAUGCCGUGCUGCUUCCUAAGGAAUGUGGAGUUGCUAAACGACCUCAGGCAACGACGACCGCUAUCCGGGCAGGAGUUUUCGAGUUCCCAUGGGUUGCGAUGGUUCGAUCGAGUAGGGCCACCCCUGAUCACGAUCCGUACUGUACCGGGUCGUUGAUCAACAACCGCUACGUGCUGACGUCAGCUGCUUGCCUGAAAGCUAAGGAACGUAGGGAUUUAGACUACGUACGGCUGGGAGAGCACACCCUGAACUCCCAAAGAGAUUGUGACACAUUUCCGGAUCCACGGACUCGCCAGUCCGUUCAGGAAUGUGCUCCUGCUCCAGUGGACGUCAAGGCGGUCUUACCGUUCACGAUCCAUCCACAAGCCGGUAAACCCUUCCGUGGUAACGACUUCGCCCUGGUACGGAUGGUCGACAAAGUUCAAUUCACUGACACCGUUCAACCAAUCUGCCUCCCGAUCCGCGAAGACCUUCGCAACCACCUCCCCACAAAUUUCGUUCUCUCCAUGUACGAGAUCACCGUCACCAACAACCGCUACACCCAGGAACUGUACAAAACGCGAUCGGUGUUCACCGAGCGGGAGGAGUGCGAGGAACGCUUCGAAGACUACGGCUACACCCCGUGGGUGACGGACAAGAUGUUCUGCGCCCUGGCCCAGGGUCCGAACUUCAUCUGUACGCCCCAUUUGGGAGCUCCGCUGGUGUCGAUGGUGAAGCAGGGACCGAUCGAGCGGGCCGUUAUGUACGGGCUGUCGAUGAUGGGCCCUAGCAAUUGUACGAUCGCGCAGACCAUUGCCAAGACGUACCUCCGGGUGCCGCUGUACGUGGACUGGAUUCUGGAGAACAUUGAAAAGUGAGAUGGUGAUGUCUGUAGAUAGCUGUGUGCAAUAAAUGGUUGAUAACUAAUUAGGAUAACAA